AUGUCCAUAGUCAAAGUAAUUGUGCCCGCGGGCGUUAUGGUUGAGGUUGUCGAGGAGGCUCAGACUAGUGGGAUGAACACUAGAAUAGGAGGUACUGAAAAUGUCCUAGACAUAGAGAAACGACUACAAGAAGCUUUCGAACGAGGUGCCGCCGAGCAGCGAGCAUUAGACGAGACAGAAAUGCUGAAUUUGUUAAAGGGCAAGGAUGAAGAGAUCAAGAAGGCACAAGAGGUGCUUGAUCAGAAAGACGUGGAGAUCGGGAUGUUGAAUGCAGAGAUCGACCGCCAAAAGGUGGUAGAGAGCAAAGUGAAGGCCCUUGAGUCUCAAUGUCGGGAGCAGGAGAAACUCCUGGAGCAUUCCGAGGAGGAGGUCAAUGCUUUCGUAGAGAAAGGCCGAAAGUUACAAAAGACACUUGAGGUUUUGCUUUUGGUGGAGAUGGCCCAUUUUCGAAGCCCAGUGGCUCCACAAACGGUGGAUGCGACUACCCAGACUCCUCCCACGCAGCUCGAUCACGAAACUGUGGAAAAGGGGAACGUGGCGGAGCAGAAAGGGAAAGCUGUUGAACAAGCGGCUGGGAGGAAGCGGGCGAGGGAGGAGGAAGAGGAGGAGGAGGAGGAUGUGACACCAGCGACGAAGAAGAGAAGAGCCGAACUUCAAUACCAGAUGAAUCAAAUUGCCCUGGAGACCGUGCCAGUUGAACAUAGAACCUGGAUAUGCGAGACGAUGGGGUGGCGUCUGGAGGAGGGGGAGGGGAAGGAGGGGGAGCAGGAGGGAGAGCAGGAGGGAGAGCAGGAGCAGGAGGAGCAGGAACAGGAGGAGGAACGAGAGGAGGAGGGGGAGGAGGAACGGGAGGAGGAGGCGAGCGAAGGUGGUUCCGAGGAACAAGGGGCGGAGGAAGGAGAGUUUGUGGGAGUGGAUGACGAGGAGGACGGGAUGGCACAAGGUGGUGGCCGUGCGGUGGAUAGCGACGACGAUAGCGACGACGAGGACGAAAAAGUCCCGCGUUGGCAGCAGCCCAAGACGCUGCAGCCGGAGGUGCCGCAGCAGGUGAAGCCAAAAGAGCAGCAGCAGCAGCAGCCGCAGCAGGUACUGGAGCAAGAGAAGCUGCAAAAGCAGCAAAAGAAGAAAGACCAGGAGGAGGAGGAGCUGUGA